UCAGAUCUGGAUCAGAAAGGUCCAGCUCAGACUCGAGCUCCAUCAAACCUCCUCCUGAUGUGUCUCUCAUGUUGUUUCCUGAGGGCGGAGCUUUAUCUCCCUCUGCUUCAUACAAACAUCAUCAUCGCCUCCCCUCCCCCUCCCCUCCUGUGUCAAUAUAUAAGCAGGGGCGGGCCGGCGCCGGGCCGACAGACCGUCUGUGAGCGUCAGUGUGAGGAGCAGCGCAGCAGACUCAGCAGGCUGGAGCCCUGGUACUCGUACACCCACUGGUUCCCCAUGGCCUCGUCCCAUGUGAUGAAGGACCUGGAGCCAGUUCCCAGGAUGCAGCCCGCCAUGAUGAUGUUCUCCAGCAAGUACUGGGCCAGGAGGGGGCUGUCGCUGGACUCGGCCAUGUUCGACCACCAGCAGCAACGCCACACCGGGGGGCAGAUGUCUCGCCGUCCGUCCUUCUGUCCCAUCAACGAGAAGCCGGACAAAGAGAGCGGCGAGGAGGCGGGGCAAACGGCCGUGGUGUUCUCUCUGAAGAACGAGGUCGGCUGUUUGGUCAAAGCCCUGAGGCUGUUCCAGGAGAAGCGAGUGAACCUGAACCACAUCGAGUCCAGGAUCUCGAAGCGGGUCUCUAACGAGGUGGAGAUCUUCGCCGACUGCAGCUGCAGUAAGAAGGAGUUCAACGAGCUGCUGCAGCACCUCAGAGACCACGUCAACAUCAUCUCCUUCAACACACCUGCACACGUGUGGUCCGCCGAGGCAGAUGGAGACGACGUCCCCUGGUUCCCCAUGAAGAUCUCCGAGCUGGACCAGUGUUCUCACAGAGUCCUGAUGUACGGGUCGGAGCUGGACGCCGACCAUCCUGGCUUUAAAGACAAUGUUUAUCGUCAGAGGAGGAAAUACUUUGUGGAAGUGGCCAUGAAUUAUAAAUUCGGACAGCCCAUCCCUCGUAUCGAGUACACCCCCGAGGAGGUGAGGACGUGGGGGGUGGUGUUCAGAGAGCUGACCAAGCUGUACCCCACCCACGCCUGCAGAGAAUACCUGAAGAACCUGCCGCUGCUCACCAAGCACUGCGGCUACCGCGAGGACAACAUCCCCCAGCUGGAGGACGUGUCCCUCUUCCUCAGAGAGCGCUCUGGUUUCACAGUGCGUCCAGUUGCAGGUUACCUGUCUCCCAGAGACUUCCUGGCUGGUUUGGCCUACAGAGUGUUUAACUGCACUCAGUACGUCCGCCACAGCACCGACCCGCUCUACACACCUGAGCCGGACACGUGUCACGAGCUGCUGGGUCACGUGCCCCUGCUCGCCGACCCCAAGUUCGCUCAGUUCUCUCAGGAGAUCGGUCUGGCGUCUCUGGGAGCGUCUGAUGAGGACGUUCAGAAACUGGCCACGUGUUACUUCUUCACUAUUGAGUUCGGCCUCUGCAAACAGGACGGUCAGCUGAGAGCGUACGGAGCCGGACUACUGUCAUCUAUUGGAGAGCUGAGGCAUGCCCUGUCCGAUCAGGCCUGUGUGAAGAUGUUUGACCCGAGGACGACCUGUAGUCAGGAGUGUCUCAUCACCACCUUCCAGGAGGUUUACUUUGUCUCCGAGAGCUUCGAGGAGGCCAAGGAGAAGAUGAGGGAGUUUGCGAAGACGAUCAAGCGUCCGUUCUCCGUGUACUACAACCCGUACACUCAGAGCAUCGACCUGCUGAAAGACACGCGCAGCAUCGAGAACGUGGUGCAGGACCUGCGCAGUGACCUCACCACCGUCUGCGACGCUCUGGGCAAGAUGAACACCUACAUGGGGAUCUGAGGCCGACGCCCACCUCACCGCUGAGCUCUGAUUGGCUCAACACGUCAGCAACACCAACACCAACGCUUCUGCAGAACGUCACCUGUGUUAAUGUUGCUUCUCUGACCUGUAGCUGAAACUGUUUCACCCUCCAGUAAAAUAAAACGUGACCAGCUGAGCCCAAACUGGAAA